CUACCAUGUCCACGCAGAGACUUCGCAAUGAAGAUUACCAUGACUACAGCUCCACCGACGUGAGUCCGGAGGAGAGCCCCUCGGAAGGGCUGAGCCACUUCUCCUCUGGCUCCUACCAGCGUUUCGGGGAGAGAAACAGCACUACAUCGCUGCAGACGUUGAUCCACCUGUUAAAAGGCAACAUCGGCACGGGGCUCCUGGGCCUGCCGUUGGCAGUGAAGAAUGCCGGCAUCUUGUUGGGUCCCCUCAGCCUGUUGGUGAUCAGCAUUGUGGCUGUGCAUUGCAUGAGCAUCCUGGUGAAAUGUGCCCACCAUUUCUGCCGCAGGCUGAACAAACCCUACAUGGACUACGGGGACACCGUGAUGUGUGGGCUGGAAGCCAACCCCAGUGCUUGGAUCCGGAGCCACUCCCACUGGGGAAGGCACAUUGUAGACUUCUUCCUGAUCAUCACUCAGCUGGGGUUCUGCUGCGUCUACUUUGUGUUUCUGGCUGACAACUUUAAACAGGUGUUAGAAGCUGCCAAUGGCACCACCAAUAACUGCCACCACAACGAGACGGUGAUCCUCACCCCCACCAUGGACUCGCGGCUCUACAUGCUCUCCUUCCUGCCCUUCCUGGUGCUGCUGGUUUUCAUCCGAAACCUCCGGGCCCUCACCAUCUUCUCCCUGCUGGCCAACGUCAGCAUGCUGGUCAGCUUGGUGAUGAUCUACCAGUUCAUCGUUCAGAGGAUUCCAGACCCCAGCCACCUACCUUUGGUGGCAUCAUGGAAGACCUACCCUCUGUUCUUUGGCACAGCCAUUUUCUCAUUUGAAAGCAUCGGAAUGGUUCUGCCCCUUGAAAACAAAAUGAAGGACCCCCAGAAAUUUCCAGUCCUCUUGUUCGUGGGAAUGGCCAUUGUCACCGUCCUCUACAUCAGCUUGGGGUCCCUGGGGUACCUGCAAUUCGGUGCCAACAUCCAAGGCAGCCUUACCCUCAACCUGCCCAACUGCUGGCUGUACCAGUCAGUCAAGCUGCUCUACUCCUUUGGCAUCUUCUUUACCUACGCACUGCAGUUCUACGUCCCGGCCGAAAUCAUCAUCCCAUUCUUUGUGUCCCGAGUACCCGAUCGCUGCCACUUACUGGUGGACCUGUUUGUGCGCACCAUGCUGGUUUGCCUUACGUGCGUGCUGGCCGUGCUCAUCCCCCGGCUGGACCUGGUCAUCUCUCUGGUGGGCUCGGUGAGCAGCAGCGCCCUGGCCCUCAUCAUCCCCCCGCUGCUGGAGAUCACCACGUUCUGUGCAGAGGGCCUGAGCCCCCUGCUCAUCGCCAAGGACGUCCUGAUCAGCAGCCUGGGCUUCGUGGGCUUCGUGGUGGGGACUUACCAGGCUCUGUAUGAGCUGAUCCAGCCAAACAAUGCCCCCAUCUCCCUCAACGCCACCCAUGCCUCUGUGUAGCAAUCUGAGGGACAUUGCCCCCCGUACCUGUCCCCCAGAGCCUCACACGCGGCCAGCCUGUGGGGAGAAGACGGGGACUAUGUCUGGACGCCCCUGCCUUUGGCACUGGGUGGGUCCCAUUGGGCCAGGCAAGCCCGAGGUUGGGGCCAGGGCAGGGUCUCAGACCCAAGGGACCGUCCUUCCCCUGGUGACAAUGUCGUCACUGCCCCUAUGUACUUUUAUCUCUGCCUCUGAUCCUCCCCUCCUCACGCCCUCCUCCCUCACCUGCCUGCCCCCCCCAUCAUAUUAUUCCUUCUGCACGGAUCACUUUAUUUAAGGCAGGGAAGGGGGGGCGGGGCUUCCUACACCUCAACGUUUUCUCCUGUCCUGGGCCAGGCCUGGAUUAAAUAAGUGGGGGAGUCCCCCCCACAUCCUCUUUCUAAAGCCAGGCUUCUUUCUCAACUCCCUCCCAAAGGUCGUACCUCAAUACCCGUUUAGCUGCUCAGCACUUGGGGUGCCGGGAUCUACCUAGGGGUUUAUAAAGUAGCCUCC